AUGAAUUAGAAAUUUAAAUUCCAUGAGAAAAGCCAAUCGUUACCAUUAAUAGUUAGAAAACCGAUAGCGGUUAUGAAUUAUAAAUUGUAUGAAAAAUAUCAACACUUUCAAAAUUACUACUACAUAAGAGAUAUUAAUGAGAUAUUAAGUGAUGCCUAAACAAAAAUAGUAAUAAAUUUUAAAGAUUAAUUGGCUAUUGACGAGGAUGUAUCUCAAGAAGAAUAUCUAAAGAGAUUUUAUUAGUUGAAGGAAUUUCCUCAAAAAAUUGAGUUGCUCACAGAAUAUUACAAAUUCCAUGUAGAUAUUGCUCGGAUAUUCUAAGAGCCAAUUUGUUCAAUCCUAAACAAAUAUUAUGAUAAGAAAAGAAAGUAUGACUAUUUUAGAAUUGCUAAAAUGAUAGAAGAGGAAAAUAAAUUAAAUCCAAAUAAACCACCCAAAGGAAUUGUGGGUGAGAGACCUUCCCCUGCAAACUCUUAAGAAUCAGCACUUUAAGAGUAAGAUGAGAAAGAGCAUCAGAAUAUCAAAAAUAUUUAAAUAUUAAAUGAAUUGAGUUGGUUAAAACAUGACAAAACACUGCCUAAAGAAGUCUCUUAAACCAUAAAUGAAUUAUGCAAAUAAAUCGGUUCUGGAGGAGAUUAAUCAUCCUUCUCAAUAAUUAAUUUUUAGAAAUAAGAAAAAGUAUCUUUGGAUAAUUUUCUAAUGUAUAUUGGAGGUAAAGCCAACGUUCAAUAGAAAACAUCUCCAACGGCAAGACACUCAUAAGAAUAAUUGAUUUAGGAAUUAAUAAUGAAUUAAAAGGCUAAAAUGUAAUAAAAGGAUAACAAAAGAAAUAGUAUGCAUAAGAAGAAUGAAACCAAGUAUAGUAUUGGUUCGAUUGAGAUGAAGAACAAUUUUGUAAAGGAUCAAUUUAACAAUCUCUCCAAGAAAUCUAAUAGAUAAGCAUCUACAGAUAUUAUAGAGAGUGGAACUAGAAUAGACAAUAAACCUUAGGAAUUAGUUAAGGUUAAGUCUAAGACUAUAGUAAGUAAAAAUUAACUCAAAAUGAAUAAAUUCAUUGGUGAUCUCAAUUAAAUUUCUCCUACUCCAUCUAUGCUCAAAAUAUCCUUAGGUCCUGCAUCAUUGAAAUCAUCGUAGCCAAUUAUUUAAUUCUAAAACAAUCAAUUGACUAAACUUUUGCUUGAAGAAGUUGAGUCAUAAUAAAAAUUAAGAAAUGGUGCAAUAACACACAGACCUUAAUCUAGUAGGAACACUUUGUUUGGGUCAUCAUCAACUAGAAAUAGUCCUUCAAUCAAUUAUAAAAAAGUGACGUCGUCCAAGUAAUAAAAGGAGGAUAAUUAAAAAAAUUAAAAACUUAAGACUACAAAUUCUCCUCAAAAAAGCCAUUAGCUUGGAUUACUCGCUAAGAAUCUAUUCAUUAAGGCAUUAAAUGCUCAAAAUAAAAAGAAUUCCAACCUUGUCAAAUUGAGUUCAAAUUAAGAAAAAGUGCUUAAUUAAUACAAUAAACAAAAGCCUAGUUUUACAUCAUAAUAAAAUGAUAUAGUUGAAAAGAAACAACACAAAAAAAUAAAAUCUGAUUGUAGGGCCUUUUAUAAUAAGUUUUCAGUUCAUGAAAUAGGAUGUUUAACUGAUAGAAAUGACAAAGAAACUAAUAAUAUGUUUAGUAAAAUAAAUAAACAUGGGUCUCCAUAAACUUAACAUUUUAGAAGAUUACAUAGUGAAAAGCAAGAAUCUCUCUCGAGUAAUAUGAAAGGGAUAUUAAUUUCAUAGAUGUUGAAAUAACUAACAAAAUAAAAUCUAUAGAGUUAAUAAAAACAAGAUCUUAGAUCGGUAGUGAAAAGUUCAACAAAAAAGUUUUGAUUAUUUAAUUCUAUUAUUUCUAAAUAAUAUAUGUGUAAC